AUGGCAGCAGCAACCUCUAUUUGGUGUGCCAGUUGUAAUCUCAGCAGCCAAACACACAAGAAACAAUCUUAUCCCAUCCUUCCCUCUCUCCACAAACUCUCUCUCUCCACCAACUUGAGACGCAUCUCCACCACUUUGAACUCUGCAGCAAAUUCAGAAUCCCCCUGGCCCUCCAUCUUAGUCUCCGACAAGCUCGGAGAAGCCGGCCUCCAUCUGCUCUGUCAGUUCGGCCACGUGGAAUGCCUCUACAAUCUGUCUUUGGAUGAAUUGUGCUUGAGGAUUGGUGAGUUUGAUGCGCUGGUUGUCCGGAGUGGGACCAAGGUCACGCGCCGCCUGUUUGAAGCUGCCAAAGGGAGGUUGAAGGUGGUGGGACGAGCUGGCGUGGGGAUCGACAAUGUGGAUAGGCAGGCUGCUACCGAGUUUGGGUGUUUGGUGGUGAAUGCCCCCACGGCCAACACAAUCGCGGCUGCUGAGCACGGGAUUGCUCUGCUGACCGCCAUGGCGAGGAAUGUGGCUCGGGCUGAUGCCUCCAUGAAAGCUGGAAAAUGGGAACGUAGCAAGAAUGUUGGUGUUACUGUGGUUGGGAAGACUCUGGCAGUGAUGGGAUUUGGUAGGGUUGGAAGUGAGGUUGCAAGGCGCGGUAAGGCGCUAGGAAUGCGUGUUAUUGCUCACGACCCUUACGCGCCUGCUGAUACAGUGCGCGCCAUUGGUGUGGAUUUGGUCUCUUUUGAUGAAGCUCUUUCCACUGCACAUUUUGUGUCCCUGCAUAUGCCUCUUACCCCUUCGACUCACAGACUAUUCGAUGAUCGAGCCUUUGCCAAGAUGACCAAGGGAGUGCGCUUCAUCAACGUUGCCCGUGGUGGCCUUGUGGAUGAGGAUGCUUUGCUCAGAGCCCUUGAUUCUGGAAUUGUUGCUCAGGCGGCCGUUGAUGUGUUCUCGGAGGAGCCUCCAUCGGGAGAUGCCAGUCGACUGGCGCAGCAUGAGAAUGUGUUAACCACACCUCACCUCGGAGCUAACACGAAGGAAGCACAGGAGCAAGUCGCCGUGGAGAUAGCAGAGGCUGUUGUUGGUGCAUUAAGAGGAGAGCUUUCUGCUACUGCACUCAAUGCUCCCAUCAUUUCUCCUCAGGUUAUGUCUGCGUUGGGUCCUUACGUUGCUCUAGCCGAGAAGCUGGGCAGAGUAGCAGUGCAGUUGGUUGCCGGAGGAACUGGAAUCCAAACAGUCAAGGUGCUCUAUGCUUCACCUCGAGAUCCAAAUGACUUGGACACUAGGAUACUACGAGCUAUGAUCACAAAGGGCAUCAUCGAGCCUAUCUCCGAUGCUCAUGUCAACCUCGUGAAUGCAGACUUCAUAGCCAAGCAGAAGCACCUCAGGAUUAGUGAGGAAAAGGUAGGUACAAGCUCUCGAGUGGACCAACCCGUGGAGUCGAUUCAGCUACAGAUAAGUGGUGCCGAGUCAAGACUUGAGAGCACGUUGUUGGACAACGGGAGGAUUAGCAUCCAAGGGAGUGUGAAGCAGGGGGUGCCUCAUUUGACGCGUGUGGGAGCCUUCAGCGUGAACGUGAGCUUGGAGGGGAACGUUAUACUGUGUCAUCAAGUAGACCAGCCGGGAAUGAUCGGACAAGUCGGAAACAUUCUUGGCGAGCGUAACGUAAACGUGAGCUACAUGAGUGUUGGAAGGAGUGGUAAGAGGGGGAAGGCCGUAAUGGCUAUUGGGGUGGAUGAAGAACCUGAUGAAGCUACCCUCAAAAAAAUAGGAGAGGUGCCUGCAAUUUAUGAGUGUGUCUACCUUCAUCUUUGAAGGGCUGCAUUUGUUUAUAUAUACAUGUCUCAAACUGACUGCUAAUCACAUUCACAAGCUCUCAAGUAAAUGUUCAAGAUUGAUAGUAAAUGCUCAAAAUCAUUUACAUGAAACCUGCUGCUAAAUAAUGUCAUGUACAAAACUGCGAUUCAUCGAGCUAUGUUUCGUUUCA